AUGCUCAGCUCAUCCCUCCUCGCCGCCCUCACCGCGGCCGCGGCCGCCCUCGCCUCCCCGCUCGACCUGAUCACGCGGUCGACGCCGGCCGGCACGGGGACCAACAACGGGUUCUUCUACUCGUUCUGGACGGACGGGGCGGGGUCCGUGACGUACAACAACGGCGCGGCGGGGUCGUACGACGUGACGUGGUCGAACGUGGGGAACUUCGUGGCAGGCAAGGGGUGGAACCCGGGGGCGGCGCGCGUGGUGACGUACAACGGGACGUGGAACGGCGCGAGCGUGAACAGCUACCUGUCGGUGUACGGGUGGACGCGCAGCCCGCUGAUCGAGUACUACGUCGUCGAGUCGUUCGGCACGUACAACCCGUCGAGCGGCGCGCAGAAGCUGGGCAGCGUCGAGAGCGACGGCAGCGUCUACGACGUCUACCGCACGCAGCGCGUCAACCAGCCCAGCAUCGACGGCACCGCCACGUUCUACCAGUUCUGGUCCGUCCGCCAGCAGAAGCGCGUCGGCGGCUCCGUCACGAUGCAGAACCACUUCGAUGCGUGGGAGAAGGCCGGGCUCAAGCUCGGCACCCACAACUACCAGAUCCUUGCGACUGAGGGGUACCAGAGUAGUGGUGCGGCGCAGAUCACCGUUGAGCAGUCCUAGGAGAGACGAGAGAGAAAACGGAAAGGCUCUGGUUUGGGAAUUGGGUAUUUUGGCUGAUAUAGGAAGAGGGAGAUCCGGUUCAGGUUAUUAGGUACUGCUGCUACUACUGGCUCUAUCGCGAGCUCGCCUCUUGUCUAGGCAUCUUCUGUAUGCUAGUCCGUAUCGUUAAGCUCGAGCAUUUCACCUUAUCCAUGCACUGCUCUUCUUGCCAGGCAGUCUACACGUAAGUUGUUCAAAGGUACCUGAACUUAAGUAGUGACAAU